AUGAGCCCACAGCAUCUGGUAUCCCAGAUAAUAGAUUAUUAUGAAUUGGACUCAGAAGGGUGCGCCAGCGGGGCCAGCACUCACCCUGCCCGGGCGGCUCUCCCCGCCCCACCACGGUUACGUGAGGCCCGGGACGUUGGGGGUCCGCCGGGGCGGCGGGUCCCCGGGGCGGCGCCUGUUCCGGGCCCUGAGGCGACGGGGGCGAGGCCUCGCCCCGCCCUGGGACAAGCACUUCCGGGGCAGGGCGCGCACGCACCGCCCCCCUCCACGCCGAUUGGCCGAGCGGGCAGCGCAUGCGCGCGGGGCCGUGACGGGGCGGAGCGGCGGCGGCUCGAGAUGGCUGAGGUGGAAGAAACACUGAAGCGUAUUCAGAGCCAAAAAGGAGUGCAAGGAAUCAUUGUUGUUAAUUCUGAAGGUAUUCCCAUCAAAAGUACUAUGGACAACUCCACAACGAUUCAGUACGCGGGCCUCAUGCACAGCUUCAUCAUGAAAGCAAGGAGCACUGUGCGAGACAUUGAUCCCCAGAAUGACCUCACGUUCCUGCGGAUCCGCUCCAAGAAAAACGAAAUCAUGGUGGCACCAGAUAAAGACUACUUCCUGAUUGUCAUCCAGAAUCCAACUGAAUGAUUACACUGACUGGGUCUGGUUUUCCCCCUUUGCCCGACUGUUGGUUUUUUUUUUUUUAAUUUAAUGGUAAAGCAUAGAGCAUUAGUGUUAACUCUGCUGUGCCACUUCAAUAAUGUCUGGAUAAACAAAAGCAGGUGGUUUUGUUGUUUACAAACAGAAAAAGUGGCUUUUUUUUUUUUUGGUAUCGCAAGUCAUUUUGAGGAGAAGUUGGUGAAUUAGAAUCAGGCAGUAAAAAAUGCAACAGAUCCUUUUAAUAGUUAAGAUAUUAUAGUAAAACUCUAAUAAUGUUCUAAAAAAGAUUAUUCUUUGUAUGUUUCCAUGCUUCUGUCACCACCGUUUGAGUCCUGCUUUUACACUAUUACUUUCGAAUGACUGUAAAUAUGAAACUUGCCUAUCUUCUAGUGCUGUCUUAUUCUGUUCGUUUUACAAGUUCCUUUGAAAAAGCCCGGCCAUAUCGAAUUAAAAAGUGUCAUCGGUGA